GCUCCACGCACCUCCCGCUCAGCCACCAGCGCCAGGGCGGAGGAGGCAGCGCGGCCCCAUGGCAGCCCGGCCGCCUGCCCUGUGCCUCCUGCUCCUGGUGGGGAUGUGGGCCAGAGGAGCGGCGCAGGGCCCUGCAGCAGAGCCCACCUUGAGGCUCUCCGGCGGUGGCUGCCGCUGCGCUGGGCUGCUGGAGGUGCACGUGUGGAGCGGAUGGAGCCCUGUGUGCUGGCGUGGAGUGAACCAGGACAGCGUGUGCCGGCGGCUGGGCUGCGGCCCUCCGACCAAGCUGAGCUUCGUGCAGCCCAGCCUCGAGGAGCAGCAGGCAUGGGCUAUGCAGUGCAGGGGGAAGGAGAGGUGCCAGUGGAUGCCCACCAACUGCAGCCAGCACGCCGCCGUCGCCUGCAGUGAGCCGGAGCCCACCAGCACCGAGCCCCCGCCCGUACCUUCCACCACCAGCCCCGAGCCCACCGGCGCCCCAUGGCUGCGGCUGGUGGACGGCAACUUCAGCUGCUCGGGCUUUGUGGAGCUGCACCUGCGGGGCCGAUGGGGGGCCGUGGCGCUCGGCCCAGAGGCUUGGCCAGAGCUGCCCACCCGCAUCUGCCAAGCACUUGGCUGCAGCAGCCCCCGCGCUGUCCCCAUCGGUGUGCCCGUGGGUGACUCCAUUGGCAUCUCCACUGACGGUCCCCUUGGUGGCCCACUGAGCGGCCCCGUGGCUCUGCCACCACGAAGCCGCCUGCCCGUGCGGUGGGAGGCGCUGGGGUCGUGCACCAGCCCUGAGCUGCUCGACUGCUUCAACUGGACCAGCCACGGGCACGGGAGAGCGUCCACCUUCCUCAUCUGCCCAGGUUCCCAGCCGCGUGCCAAGCGCAGGCUGGCAGGAGGCCCCACGCCGUGCGAGGGGUACAUCGAGGUGUUCCAGAAGGGCCGCUGGCACGUGCUCUGUGACAUGCAGGGAUACGGUGCUGAGCGAGGCCGCCAGCUCUGCAGGGAGCUGCGCUGCGGGGACCUCUCCUACAGCACCGAGCUGCGGAACCCCCGUGUCAGCGGGGUCACCUGCAGGGAACACUACCUCCACCUCUGUCCCGAGAGCCUCCAGGAGGUCCGUGCCUGCUCUCGCACCCUCGUGGUCUGCCAGGACUCGAAGCCACCUCCCGCUGGCACCGCACCCGGCACGGUGGCCAGCAUCUGCCUGGGCCUGCUCCUGCUGGGAGUCCUGCUGCUCAUCUGCGGUCCCCCUGCCUACAGAAGGCUGAUGAAGAGGAUCUCCAAGAAGAAGCAGCGGCAGUGGAUCGGCCCCACGGGGCUGCACCAGAGCGUCUCCUUCCACCGCAACAGCACCGUCACCCCGAGGGCGAGAGCGGAGGAGCAGAGAGCGCGGGGGGAGGACAACGACUACGCUCAGCCCCCCCAGAAGAGCCAGUCGGCGUACCCAGCCCUGGAAGGCGCAGCGCGAGCUUCCAGCGUCCCGGACAACUCCUCCGACAGCGACUACGACCUGCACUCUGCCCGCAGGCUGUGAGCCGCAGAGGUAGGGCCGGCCCAUGGACGGGAUGGGCAAAUUCAGCCGCACGGAGCUGGUGGAAUAGAUGGAUGAAAGCCCACACAUCCCCGUCCCCACGGCGUUGGAGCCCAGCCGGCUUCACUCGGGGACACCCCUGCUGGAGCUGCGCCCACCCGCACCCUUUGCUGCGCUCAUCUCUGACCCCACAGCGGCUUCGGGGUGCGGCAGGGCCCCAGCCUCUGAGCAACCUUUCUCUUCUUCUUCCUCAUCCUCUCACUUCUGGGCCUCCCUCCCGCUUGGGAAAGUGCGAGGCGGGGGCUUUCUGAGCUCUGCGCGCCUCUGAAAGUUUGCACCGUGGGGCCAAGGGCUGCUGCAACUCGACCGCGCGCGCGCCCCCAAGGGCUUUAAGCGGAGACACGAGCUCGGCUGCGCGUGCGCAGGACAGCACGAGGUUUUUGUGCAAAAAGCAGAGCACGGCUGGGCGGCACAGGAAGAGCAGAAACAUCGAGAAGCAAUCCAUUUAAGGGGUAAUAAA